AUGUAUACUAGAAACGUCCAGGCAGGUGUUUUUUCUUCUCACUUCUCAACCACACAGAGAACUUGGCUGCUGCUUUCUGAUGGGACUGUAACAGCCACUGAUGUCGGAACUGGUCCGAAUAUCAAGUACAAUGAGAGAAACGUUGGCAUGUACCUUGUCAUUGAUGCUGCCAUUGGACUGACAGUGUUGUGGGAUCGCAAAACCACUGUCCGGAUCAUUCUGCAACCUCAGCACAUGGAUGAUGUUUGUGGCUUGUGUGGAAAUUUCAAUGGAAAUGGAAAAGAUGAUUUUACCACUCAAGGAAACUUACCAACUACAAACAUAAUGGAGUUUGUCGACAGCUGGAAAGUGUUAAGCACUUGCCCUGAUGCACAACCAGAUUUUGACCCAUGCUCUCAAACUCCUAACCGAGAAACAUGGGCAAAAAUACAGUGUAGCAUCAUAAAGGAAGUUACAUUUAAAGACUGCCAUAGCAAGGUGGAUCCAAAUCCAUAUUAUGAGAACUGUGUGAAGGACUCAUGUUCAUGCGACACUGGUGGAGAUUGCGAAUGCUUCUGUACGGCUGUCGCAGCUUAUGCUCAAGCCUGCAAUGAGGCCGGUGUUUGUGUUGUCUGGAGAACUCCUGAGAUCUGCCCUGUGUACUGUGACUACUACAAUGAACCAGGAGAAUGCACAUGGCAUUACAGUCCUUGUCAUACACCUUGCUAUAAAACAUGUCUCAACCCUGAUGGUAUCUGCAACAACACUUUACCCAACCUGGAAGGAUGUUAUCCAGAAUGUCCAGAGGAUAAGCCUAUAUUUGAUGAAAAAAAUCAGAUCUGUGUAGAAGAGUGUCCUACGCCACCUCCACCUACAACAACACCAGUACCUACCACAACUACCCCAGUACCAACAACUACCACAAUACCACCUACAACAACACCAGUACCUACUACAACUACCCCGGUACCACCUACAACAACACCAGUACCUACUACAACUACCCCUGUACCACCUACAACAACACCGGUACCACCUACAACAACACCAGUACCUACUACAACUACCCCGGUACCACCUACAACAACACCAGUACCUACUACAACUACCCCUGUACCACCUACAACAACACCAGUACCUACUACAACUACCCCUGUACCACCUACAACAACACCAGUACCCACAACAACUACCCCAAUACCAACAACUACCACAUUACCACCAACAACAACACCAGUACCCACCACAACUACGCCUAUACCAUCUACAUCACCUUGUAUAAUAUGUGAAUGGUCUGACUGGUUUAAUGUGUAUAAUCCUGCAACAGGAGGAUGGAAUGACGAAGAGACCUAUAAAAAUAUUGCAGCCAGUGGAGGACAGAUCUGUGAACAGCCAGAAGAUAUUGAAUGUAGGGGUGUAGAGGCCAAACCUGGCAUGAGUUUUGAAGAUUAUAUUCAUGAAACAAAACAAGUUGUACAGUGCAAUGUUUCUUAUGGAUUGGUGUGUAAAAAGGAUGAACAGAAAUUCCGCCCCUAUAAAUGUUUUGACUAUGAAAUAAGAGUUUACUGCUGUUAUGAUUGUGGAUCAACAACAACAGAAUUUACAACAUCACCUACCCCUAUACCAACCACUACCACACAGCCACCUACAACAACACCAGAACCUACCACAACUGCCACAGUGCCACCUACAACAACACCAGAACCUACCACCACUACCCCUAUACCGACAACUACCACAGAGCCACCAAAGCCACCUACAACUACCCCUACACCGACAACUACCACAGAGCUACCUACAACAACACCAGAACCAACCACAACCACCCCAAUACCGACAACUACCACAGAGCCACCA